AUGAGUGGUUAUGUACCUCCAAUUAGGUUUGAAAAUGGACAAGGAGCAGUUAAUAAUUACCCACCAAUACAUCAUCUUGAGUCUGCCUAUGAUUAUCAGGUAGGGUCGACAUCGAGUAAUUUUGGUUUGAUGGCAGUAGCUCGACAAUAUGUCAAUGAGAGUCAUCAUGAUUUGGUCAAUUUAUUGACUCAACAAAUGACUACUAUUUUGAACCCAAUGAUGGCUAAUCAUGAAACAAAAUUUGAGUGUGUGGCGAGACAAGUCGAACGAAUCGCUCAGAUUGUUGAUUAUGAUGAAGGUGAUCGUCAAAAUAUGGAAGCAAACCCAAGAGAUUUAGGGAUUGAUCCGAGAGAUAGGAUUGAUCAUAUAAAUCUCGAUGGAAAUGCUCCUCAUAUAAUUCGACGUGAUCAAAAUGUGGAUGAAGUGUUGGCUAGAAUGCGAGUUAAGCAACGUGGUGAACAUUAUCAGGACACAAGAAUAGUUGAAGAUAUUCUUAACAGGGUUGGAAUCAAUGUGGGAUUUAGGAAUCAACCAUAUUUUGUUUUCUCAUUUUAUGUUGUAGUGCAGAUGGCAGAAGUACCUAAGGAUGUGAAGAACCCAAAAAUAGUAACAAAAUUUGCAGGAGAAGUAGGUGCAUCGACUACUGAGCAUGUUGCUCGAUAUAUGGUCGAAUUAGGCAAUUUGACAAAUGAUGAGAAUUUGAAAAUGAAAUUAUUUCUUUUUUUGUUGACGAAAAAUACUUUUACUUGGUUUUCAAAUUUAAUACCCAAUUUGAUUGUGACUUGGGCACAGUUGAAAAAUGCUUUUCAUUCUCAGUUUUAUAUAGGUGAAUUGAACGUGACAAUUACGGAUUUAGUGGCUUUAAAACGUGAUGAUAGAAAAUCAAUCGAUGAUUUAAUGAUCUGUUUUAAGAAUGCCCGAAGUUGA